CCGCCUCGCCUCGUCCCCGGGAGAUAGUAUACAAACACAGCCGCCGUCCCCGGCAGUCAGUCAGCGGCGGCUCGCCAGUGCGGUGGCAGCGUCGUGCAGUGUGUCUUGCUUCGUCUCGUCCUGCGCAUCUCCUGAUCGUGAUCGCGAAGUGGACGCGCCGUGCCCUGUGCCCCUCAAGUUCGCCUUGUGGUAGUGCUUCCCCUGGAAGCUGUCUUCUCGCAUCAACAUGUGCCUCAGUGUCUCCUCCCCCAGUGCCGAUUUCGGGCCGGCUUCCCCCAGCCAGCCGCACGGUUCGCCUGGGUCCGCCGCUUCCGCGUCGUUCGGACACUCGUGGAGCAUCUCCAUGACCAUGGGAGAGAUGGUGACUCCCCGAUCGCCCUUACAGAGCGACAGUGAGGGUAGCACCUCCAGCCUGGAGCUCGGCUCUGGAGUGGCCGGCAUCGCCCUGAACGGCACCCCGCCCCCGUCGCCGGCGUCUUCCGAGGCCGUCAAGUGCAGAUGGCAGCACUGUGGCUUGUGGCUGGCCAACCUGGACGCCCUCGCCCUCCACGUGACGCUGGCGCACGCCGCCGCCGGUCGCGGGGGGCUGUUCUACUGCGGCUGGGAGGGCUGCUCCCGCGGCCACCGCGGCUUCAACGCGCGCUACAAGAUGCUGGUGCACGUCCGCACCCACACCAACGAGCGCCCCCACCGCUGCUCGCAGUGCGACAAGAGCUUCAGCCGCGCGGAGAACCUCAAGAUCCACGCGCGCUCGCACACUGGUGAGCGGCCGUACACAUGCCCCGUGCCCGGCUGCACCAAGGCCUACUCCAACUCGUCGGACCGCUUCAAGCACACGCGCACCCACGCCGUGGACAAGCCGUACGUGUGCAAGGUGGAGGGCUGCCCCAAGCGCUACACGGACCCGUCCUCGCUGCGCAAGCACGUCAAGACCUACCGCCACUUCCCCAGCAGCGCCAGCAGCACGCACUCCCCCGUCGGCAGCCCCGCCGCCAGCGACCUGGACAGCCCCGGCAGCGACCCUCACGGCAGCCCCAGCCCCCGCGGCAGCCCUCGCGGCAGCCCCAGCCCCAGUUCCGACGAGGAGGCGUCCACCCGCAGCGCCUUCCGCCCCGUCGCCCCCCUCGUGUCCCCCUCCGCCCUGGAGCGACUGGAGCGGCCGCCCCUCCCUGGCGAGUGCCGCGGCAUCCCCAUCAAGAAGGCCAUCAGCGCGAGGGUGCGCGCCGUGCGGCACCACGACCUCCUCGCGGCCGGCGGCAGCAGCAACAGCGCGCGGUCGUGGGCCGGCGGCAGCGUGUGGGUGGGCAGCAGCGGUACCACGUCGCCAGACGCUCUGUCGUUGUCCAUGUCGCCCAGCUCGUCGCCCUCGCCCUCGCCCAGCAGCAGCAGCGGCAGCGCCGUCGCCCCCGCGGACUGGCUCGCUCAUGGCUCCCUGCCCAUGUACUCAUCGCCCAUGAACUCGCCGUCACCACCUUGGCCCUGGGGCCCAAUGAUGUCCUUGUGGCCCAUGGCCGCGGCCGCCGCCUUCGCCCCCGCGCACGCCCACGCGUCCCAGGUGCACGCCCAGACUACCAUGCCCGCCAUGCCCCUGCCCAUGGGGCUGGUGGACCAUGGCAAGCACCCCACAGCCAGUGCGGCGCAGGCGGCACCUCUGGACCUCACUAUGACGAGGCAUUGAGCAUUGAGGGAGGAGUGAAAGGUAUUUUGGAAUGGAACUCGCUAGAGUGUUACUUUAAUUUAUUGGGGUCGUGGCAGAUGAGCCACAUCUUGCUCCCUACCUGAGUCAAUGUGUUCAUGCUAUAAGUUUAUUGAUCUGUGACUAGUUAAUGAUCGCUCAAUUUUUUUCCUGUUAUAAUGUUGUACCUGAUUAUCUUCUUGACUGUUUGUUCAAGUGACGAGGUCUGAUUUCUCGUUUACUUUCAUUGUCAUGAAGUGAGUAGUUAUAUGUUACAUUAGAUCUUUAUAUUUUCUCUGAACUUGUGUAUUGUGCCUUAUUACCUCAGAGAUACUGUUAUGGCCCUCCAUAAACAUGUUCCUCUCACUUGUUUUGCAACUUUGACUUUGCAAAUUGUUGAGUGCCAUUGUAAAUGCUUAGUUCUGUAUUUUUAUAUGUAAGUCUAAUUUUCAUGGUCUGAAUUGAACUGUUGCAAGAAGUAUGACUUGUCUGUAUUUAUUUACAAUGAUGUGCAAUUCACAAUAAACUUGUGAUAUAUUUUAAAAAGAA